AGUUAUUAAAAGUUUAACCGCAGUUCGUCUCUUUGUGCUGUGUGGUCCUUCUGUGAGCGGUCAGCUGCGCACGAGAGGUGCACGAGUGACGUCGACGUCUCUGAGUGGAUAGACUGGGCACGAGAGCGCUCUUAGAACUGUCCGACCCUGCAGGCCUUCUGGAACUGAACACAUUGUCCAACAUCAAAGUACUGAGCACAGACUGAGUAAGAUAAGUGCUGCCUCAUUAACUUGAGGAAUAUCAGACAUUGCUAACGGAGGGGCUCUCAUCAUGCAUGCAGCCUGAUCAGCCUCAAAACAAACCAAAGGAAAAAACAAAAUAUGAAAGAGAGAGAGACUCUUUCCCUUAGCCACAAUUUACACACACACUUAUUUAGUAAGUUCCCUUUGCUGACUUGACUGCUAUGUCAUCAAGUUCCUUAUUGGCAGAGACAAUAAAAGGGAAGCUAGACAAUUGGACGUUUAAAUCUUUGCCCUCCAGAUAGAGAAGAAUAGAAAUCACUAACUUCAGGACAGAUUAAAGAGGUGCAGAUUGGUGGACCUGAAUUACAGAGACGCAGCACGGCUGAAAGAAACACAGGAACGGCAAUACAGCCUAAAAGGCUGACACCAGGAAGUCAGAGGACAAUACUAUAACAUCGCCAUCACACUACUGGUCAAGACAUGGCACAUCAAUGCAACUACUGGUUGCUUUUCACACUUUGUUUAAAAGGAAUUGCUGCCAGUGAUUGGUCAAUUCAUGUCCCCUCUAGUCCUAUUUGUGCUUUGAUUGGUUCUUCAGUGGUCCUCCCUUGUUCCUAUGACUACCCCCAAAGUUCUAAUGACUUGAAGAAAGAAGGACAGCCCCCAGCUCAGGUAGGAGGAAAUGAACAAAUACAAGAGUAUAAAGUUCUGUCUGAGAUGUGGUGUCUGGGGGACAGCCGAUGCAUUACUCAAAGAUAUGUGUUCCACAGCGCUGGUAUCUUACCAGAUCCAUCCUAUCAGGACAGGGUGCAGUAUCUGGGAAAACCAGGAACCAAGAACUGUUCUCUGAAGAUUACCAAUCUGACCAUCUCAGACAGUGGAACCUACGUGUUCUACCUCAUCACCAGCCAUCCAACUGAGAAGAUGCCUGCACAGAACGGCAUACAGCUCCUGGUGGCAGACUCCUCUAGUACAGUUGCAGUCUUAGCUGGUCCAUCCACUGUCAUCACUGAGGGAGCAGCCCUGCGUUUGGCUUGCUGCAGCCCAGAAGCCAGUUCACAGGCUCGUUUCACGUGGUACAAGAGCACAAGUACCAGCCUACUACAUAGUGGACAGGUGUGGAACAUCAAUGCAGUUUCAUCUAAGGAAUCUGGCAGCUACUACUGUCACAUAGAAACUGGAGAUAAAGAGCAGAACUCAACAACGUUAACAGUUAAUGUACAAUACCCCCCUCAAAACACAACCAUCUUAGUCUGGCCUCCCGGAGAGCUACAGGACGAGCUCCCUGUGACUCUGACCUGCAGUAGUGAUGCUAACCCACCCGUACACACAUACAUCUGGUAUCAGGGCACAGCGUGUCUUCCUACAGCAGACAAAAGCUUUCAUCAAGGAAGACAAACCCUGGCUACACCAACAGGAAGCGGCCUCACACUGAGCCGUGCCAACAUCACCGCUGAGGAACAUGGACAGCACUGCUGCAUAGCACGCAACAGGCAUGGAUCACAGAUUUCCAGUGUAAUGCUCAAAGGUUCCAGAGCAGUGACUCCAUCUGACUCCUCGGGAAGCAAAGUGCUGCUCAUCAGCGUAACUAUUGGGAUCCUUCUGGCUAUCAUUGCCAUAAUUGCUUUAUUGCUGAAAAGGAGACAGAAGACAAACACACAUCAGUCAUAUGCCCUCACUGAGACAACAGCCACAGACCCAUAAAGACUGAAUAUCAACAGAACUUCUUCUACUUAUUCUGUUCAUCAACAGCAUUUUCCAACCAGCAUGAAAAUAAGAAAUUUUCUUCAGUGCUCAGUUUUAUUAUUAUACCAUUAUAUAAACAUCUCAUGUUGCCAAGAAAUUCUCCCAAACAUCUUAAACUAGAAAUGAAUAAUGAGCUCUACACACGAGUCCAUGACUUUAAAGAUAGUACAGAGAAGAAAAAGAAGAUCCAAGAUUCUUUUCAGUGGCUUUAGUUGCCCCAAGAUUUUAAUCAAGCAUCGAGGAUGCAAAUCUCAACCCGUCAUUUCUCAGCUGUGCUGUUAUAAAUGUGGGCAUAAACGAAGAAGCUGUUGCGUGAAAGUGUGUUUUCAGUAAUGGAUGAGCUCAACUUUGAUGCCAGGAAAUAACCAAGAGGUCGAUGUAUUUAUUUUAACAUUGAAAGAUUUUUUUAUUUCUUUCCCUUUAACUGUUUUUUUAUUUUAGCACAGGAUAUCUGCCUCAGUUCGUUGCAUAUGAAGACAAUCACAUCUGGUCCCAGUGAGAGUGUACUGGAGUUUAACAAGAUCUGUAGGGUCAGAAAAAGUUCUUAGCAACAGUCGGUUAGUGACGAUGACGAUAAUGAGCUUGAUUUACAGAACAUACAGUCACCACGAACCAAUUAAGAGCUGUUAUCAUUUUAGACUGGGCGAUGUUUGUGUGUUUUUGAGUAAACUUUUGAUUCUAGCAGACACUUACCAGAGCACAAGCAGAAGUGGGGGACGAUGAAAACCAGUCGGACAGUGACUCUGACACCAGCACAGCUGUUUACAAGAUGGUCCUGGAUUUCCACUCUUCAUGCUCUGUUUUUAGAACUUCAUUAUUGUCUAAUUUCUGUUUUUGUGUCAGCAAGGCCAUGUAAAGUGGGACGCACAAAUUUAUUACUAAAUGUUAAAUAAGUGAAGAAUAAGGCAGGUUGUUCAGAGAUGUUUGCCAGUGCAAGCAGGGGCGGUUCUAGAAAUUUUUUUUGGGGGGGUCAGUCAGGGGCAUAGACCAGGAAAAUGGUUGGAAAAAAAAUGGGCUGUAGAUUUUAGUAAUGAGCUUAUUUAAUACAACUAAAAUGUUCAUUUAAUGUAUAAAA